CCAACUGGGGUAUUUCAAUCGAUUCCAACACGACAAAUGAUUGAUUAUUGAUCAGUGUGUUCUGUGCCUUAAAAAAACCCUUUGCAAAUGAAUCAGCUCUUCUUCGCGCUUUGGCAGCGGCUGUGAAUGAGGAAAUGAAUCAGCUGGCUCAGGUACAGCAGGAAGGGAGGAGAUAGAGGGACACUCAGUUUGCUGAAGAAAAUCUGACAGCGAGCAGGAUUAGUUCACGGGGUCUGUUACCCCGGUAACUAACUUGGAGUUGACGUUUACUCAGUCUGGAGCAGAAAACCCGAACUUGGCCUCAACCCUGGAUUAUCAAACUCAGAGCUGAUUGCUAAACCCGCUCCCGGAAUAAGACCUAGCGGUCCAUCGGCUGUGAACAGGAAAGAUGUCCACUAUAAAGUGCGUGAUGUUGGGUGACCUUGAAGUGGGAAAAACCUGCCUGUUCAUGUCCUACACGGUCAACAAGUUUCCCUCUGAAUACGUGCCCACGGUGGUGAACACUUACUCCAUGACGGUGAUGAUCAGAGAGGAGGAGUACACUCUGAAAAUGUGCGACACUUCGGGCCAUGAUGAUUAUGACAGACUGCGACCCCUCAGCUACGCCGACACUGACAUCUUCCUCGUCUGUUUCUCUGUCGUAUCACCCUCAACAGUUUAUAGCAUCAGAGAGAAGGUCUGUUUGGUUCACUUUUAUUUUAAUUGUUUCCAGAAUAAUAAGCAAACCACCUAAAUGUUUAAAUCGGUUCAAAGAAUGUACAAAAAAUUAAUCCACUAGUUUUAAAUUCCAAAUUUGAAAAACGCAAAAAAUGAGUUUUGAUUGUGAUCCUGUCGUGUUAGUCCCUCAAAUGAUUCCAAUCAGCUUCAGGUUCCAACACAAAGCAGAGAAUACCAGCAGCUGCUAC